UCGCCCACAGGUGGCUUUGUGCUGCACCUGGAGACAGACUGCCUCCUCUCGGCCGACGGGCAGCUCCUCGAGCCCAUCUGGACGCUCCUCUUCAACAAGAUGCCCUUGACCUGCUUCGACUUCCGGAACGGGACGUUUGUGCCCUGCGUCCUGGGGGCCUCCUACCCCUGGAACUAUACCGGGGUGCCCGUCGCCCAGUGGCUCAUGGAAACCUACCCACAGCUGCCAGUAGAAGCCGCCCAGAAUUGCCAGCAGCAGGGCCAGGCGCUCUGGGCACAGACGGGGGACAGGCAGACUCCACCAAAGGUCCUAAUUUCCCCGGUGACCCCUCGGAACACUCCGUAUCCCAUCAUGCUGGCCUGCCUGGCCUGGGGCUUUUACCCGGGGGACGUCAACCUCACCUGGCUCUGGAACGGGCAGCCCGUCCGGGACCACCUGGACCCCGUGCAGGUCACCAGCAACGGAGACUGGACCUUCCAGGCGCGGCUGACGCUGCCGGUCGACCCCGAGAAAGGGGGCAGCUACACCUGCGCCGUGCAGCACUCCAGCCUCCCUGCGCCCCUCACGGCCGAAUGGGCCCCAGGCCUCCCCACGGAGCUCUGCAUCAAGAUUGGGGUCUCUGUCGCCGCGAUGGCGGUGGGGACGGCGUUCCUGCUGGCCGGCUUGCUCCUCUGGAAGCGCUCCAGCCGCCAAGGAUACUCGCUCCUGGAAGGCGAGAGCUACCCACGUGAAG